CUAUGGUGUCUGUCUACGGAACACUACCCAAAAGUAAGUCCGUUCUCGAUCAAUACCAAAAGCUCGCCAGAGGACGGCUCUCGUCUCGGGAAAAAGGCGGCCACUGUACAGGCUAUAUUGAUUCCUGAGACACCAUUCGUUCCGCGCAGGCGUGCACGGUGAUGUAUUUUCAUAUCGUGGCUACGUCACGACGUGGCAUCUAAAUUCCAAAAUGCCGCAGUAUUGAAGAACUAUGAACUUAUCGGCAGAAGAUGAUCCUGUCCCCCGUGGUGCCCCUCGUCAUCAACGACUUGUCUUAUAACUCGAACAGGUUGCCAUAACAUCACUGUUUUCUUCGUUGCUUCAUCGUCAACAACCCGAGGGUGAUUCAUUGGACAAGACAAGAAAAUGCCAUCUCCCAUUGCUUUGAAUCCGCCUGCUCCUCCUCCGUCCAUCUUCAAGAAGACAGGAUCGCUCAGCAAGUUGCCAUUAAUGUCGACGGCGAUGUCGUACCUUUCUGCUGUUCAACAAGCAGACACCCGCGCUCGCAGUCAUAACAAUUCCUCUGCAGCAUCAACUCCUACACGAUCCACCCACUCCUCUGUUACAGCUUCAUCUGAAGACACAAUCCUCUGCGAGGAUGAUACGGACAACUGUCUCGUGAACCCCAUUACACCGCCCACCUCCGAGAUCUUCGCUACUGUUCACACAGAGUUUGGUUACUGUGCAAAUGAGGCCUAUCGUUGCGUUUCUCAGCAUGAUUAUACGAAACCUUUCCAGGAGCACACAACCGAGGAGCCUCCGUACUAUGUUCUCCUCACCACCUACAUAAGCUACCUCAUGGUCAUCUGUUUUGGUCAUGUCCGCGACUUCUUCGGAAAGCGUUUUGCCAAAUCUUUUUUCACCCACCUUAUGCCCCACGAUGGUUACGCACCAUUGAACUCGGAUUUUGAUUCGUUCUACGCCCGCCGGCUCAAGCGUCGUGUGGAUGACUGCUGUUCCCAGCCUAUCGCAGGUGUCCCCGGCCGCACUGUUGUACUCCUCGACCGUUAUUCCACUGAUUACAACCUUACUCAGAUCUACACCGGUACCAAGACACGCGCCUUGAACGUCUCAUCGUAUAACUACCUUGGCUUCUCCCAGGCCCGAGGGGGCUGCUCAGAUGCAGUCGGAGAAAGCAUCCGUCGUUAUGGCAUCUCCACCUGCGGGACACGUCUUGAGACCGGGAGCAGCGAGCUCCAUGUCUUUGCUGAAGCCCUCGUCGCACGUUUUCUGGGAACAGAAGACGCGUUAGUCAGUUCUGUGGGGUUUGCCACUAACUCCACUUUCAUCCCUGCAUUGGUGGGAAGGAAGUCCUUGAUCAUUUCUGACGAACUGAACCACACUAGCAUUCGCGUCGGUGCACGCCAGAGUGGUGCAGAUAUCCGGAUGUUUAAGCAUAAUGAUAUGUCAAGCCUCGAGUCCGUUUUGCGUGAGGCGAUAAGCCAGGGCCAGCCCAAGACACAUCGUCCUUGGAAGAAGAUCUUAGUCAUCGUGGAGGGGUUAUACUCCAUGGAGGGCACGCUCGUAAACCUGCUUAGGAUUGUCGAAUUGAAACAGAAGUACAAGUUCUACCUGUUUGUUGAUGAGGCACAUUCAAUCGGUGCGGUCGGUCCCCAUGGACGCGGUGUGACGGACUAUUUUAACAUCCAUCCUGGCUCAAUUGAUGUCUUGAUGGGCACGUUCACAAAGUCAUUUGGUGCUGCUGGCGGAUACAUCACAGGGCCGAAACACCUUAUUGAUGCUCUCCGGAUGCGCGGACACUCAUGUCCGUAUGCGGAAGCAAUGGCGCCCCCGGUGCUCGCACAAAUUAUCGCGUCGAUCGCGAGCAUCAUGGGCGUUACUCCAGCACCACAGCUGUCCAAGUCCCAAAAUUCCCUCAGCCUUGCUGGUUCAAUUAUCACUCUCAAGGACCGUGUAGAUGACCUCCAAGGAAUGGUGCCUGCAAGCAUGCUGCCGGCGUGGAUAAACCUUCAUCCAUCCCUCGCAGACGGAUCCGAAGCUCGAAUGCGUAUCCGCCGUCUUGCCUUCAACUGCCGUUAUCUGCACGCGGGCCUCAAGAAACUCGGUUUCAUCAUUUCUGGACAUCCCUUCAGCCCGAUUGUUCCCCUGCUUAUCUUCAACCCGGGUAAAUGUUUGAUGUUCUCACGUCUGAUGUGUGCGCGGAGAAUACCGAUUGCUGUCGUUGUCGUAGGGUACCCCGCCACCCCAUUGGAGAAGGGUCGUGCACGGUUCUGUGUUAGUGCGUCACACACGAAGGAAGACAUUGAUAUGGUGCUGCAGGCUUGCGAUGAGGUGGGUGAAAUUCUAGACCUGAAACAUGGUUCGGGUGAGCGGUGGGGGAUUGAUGAAGUUCGCAAGCGCGCAGUGGAGCUUGUUCACUCUGCAGUGUGAACGCUAGGGCCUUUUUGUGUAGUAUGGGGUGGGGAUGAUUAAGCUUACUGUAUUGAGUUUGAUUGUGUCUGCUUGAAAGUGAGAUUUUACAAUUUAUGGAGAGGCAGAGUGAUGUGUGCGCUGCGCACAGACAAUGCAUCAAGG